AUGUCUGCCACCAAAUUCUCGAUCCCGUCCGAAUUUCAGUCUCAGCUCCGUCACAAGGAAGUGGAAGAUACCCGCACCAACUCCGAUAUCCUAGAAUCCCUCACGCACUAUGCCCCAAUCACAUCCGAGAAGAAUAUCUGGGCCUUCUGGGACAAAGGCGUUCAGAUUAUGCACGGCUGGACCCAGCGAGACAUCUGCGACUGGGUUCGAAUCUGCGGCACAGGUUCAAAUCCCUGGACGGUCCGAAUCUCAGAUGCGGAUCCAGAGUCCCCAAACUACGCCCUCAAGUGGGUAGAGCCUUCCCUCCUCCCUGCCAGCUUCGUCGACGGCACAAUGGAGGGCCCGUAUAUUGGUCCACACUCCGCUGAUUUCCUGCGAGGAGCGUUACUGUACGCAUACGGAGGCGUCUUCAUGGAUGUAGGGAACUUGCUCUUGCGACAUCUCGAUAGGGUCGGCUGGAACGAACUCGAAGACGAUAGCAACCCCUACACCAUCGCAGUGCCUCUAAUGUACGGCCAAGUCAUCGCGAACCACUUCGUCAUGGCGCGCAAAGGGGACGAGUUCAUCAAACAAUGGCAUGACCUCUUCAUCCACCUCUGGCAGGAAAGAACUAGUCAUGUUGGGAUUAUACAGAAUCCGUUGUUGGCGUUCGCGACGAACUUGGACUUCUCGAGUUCGAGAGCGAGUGAUUUCCACUGGGACUUCAAGAUUGAACCGCAAGAGGUGUUUGAGUACAUCUCCCAAGUCCUGGCCUGGCUACGUCUCUGCAGCAUCUCGGGAAGUGAUGCUGAUCCCUUCGAUGGAAGCGAGUACUGGCAGCGCCAUGUCCUCUGCUUCGACGCAUUGCAGGAAGACUGGCCUGCUGAAGCUACUGUCGGCUUCAGGGGCGAAGACACGUACCAUGCUCUUCAGAUCAAAGUCGACGGUCCGAAAGACGAGACGUGGCAGAAGAGCUACAAUCUGGUUUGGCGUAUGUUGACGAAGUCUUCCAUGCAGAAGGUUACGCAUGGGAAGCAUUUGACGAAGGAUGUUCAUCUGGGAGUGCUGUGGGAUAUGCAUGAUGAGGAUGAUUGUGAGGUGGGGACGUUUGCGGAGUUGUUGAGGUAUGGAGCUGUGCAUUUUGAGCAGAUGAGGGAGGGGAUUGGGAAGAUGCCGGUGGUGAGGGCGGAGGUGGUUAUGGAUAAGGGGGUUCUGGAGGCUUAG